GAGCCUUCCUUGAGUUCCUUUCGUAGCGAUCAAGUCCUGUAUUUAGCGAACCAGUCUGGAUAAAAUGGACUCGAGGUAUUUCUUUUCCAGUAUUCAGUGCACAGGAAUGGAGAAGAAGGUUAGGGAUUUCCAGUCUCCCAAGAUGGGUCUGCUUUCCCAUCAUCAGUUCCAAGACAGAACAUCCCAGUUUGUCUUUCUCGAUAUUCUUCACCAAGAAACUGGAGCAAUCGGCGUCGAUCAUUCCCUCUGCUUUUCCACCAAAAGUCAUGUGCAGAUCAUUUCUUGCUGCCGUGAAUGGCUGCUCUUGUCCACCCUUCCAAGCAAGAAGCGUGACCCGAAAUACCAUGUCUUCAAUCCCCUUGAGAUGGUUUCAUUCACUCUCCCCCCACCUCUGAUUGCUGGGAAAAUCAUCGCCUCUGGUUUGGGUUUUGAUGAUAAGCACCGUUAUCAUGUCGUGCUCUUUCACCUAGCUGCUGGGGCUGCUGGGGCUGCUGGAUUCCUGGAACUGGAAAUCUUCACUUCCAAAGCUGGGGAAUGGAGAAGAUAUGAUAACCCCAUCAAUGUUUCUCCGCUUUUUCCUGCGCUGGAAGAUCGGAAGGCUCCAACAGUGACUAACAAAGUCCUUACAUGGUUGAAUCAGAGACUUGGAAUCAAGAGACAUGGCCGUUGCUUGAAGGAAGUGGUAGGUCCUGUGUUCUCAAACGGAGCAAUCUACUCGGUAAUAAAUGGGCAGAUGCUGGCGUAUAGGCUUGAAGAUGGUGGCUGUGAACUGAUUAAACUUCCAAAUUCAGAUUCAAUCAGGACUUACCAGCAUAGCUUGUGGGAAUCAGGAGGGCGAUUGCAGUACUCCUACUGUGAUGACAUGGGUAUUCACACUUGGGAUCUUCUCAACAAGGAAGAUCAUGAUCUGAUCUUGAACUACAACAUCUAUGACCAGCAAAGAUUCAGGUGGAGAUUAGCAUACAGCAUUGAUCAGGAAAAAUUGGGAUUAGGAAAGUGGCAGCCUUACCUUACAUGUCCUGUUGCCUUCAUUGAUGAUCUCCAGACCAUGUAUUUGCAGCUUCCUGGGGCGGUCAUUUCAUACAACACCAGAACUCAAGUUAUGAAGCGAGUCUGCACCAUUAAAUCUGGCGGAAGAAACUCAAUCUUCCCUUUCUCCUAUGCUGGACUCGGCAAUCAGAAGGUUGCAUCGAGGCCAAGGGAAGUAGUACCUGUUAAUUUGCCAAUAGCACUAGUAGAACAGACUUUCUGUUUUGAGUAAAUUCCAAUAGAAUAGCAUUUCUUCCCAUUUCCUGCAGCUUUUGAUAUUUGUAGUCCAGAAAAUACAAUAGUAUCCGGGUUUUGAUGUUCUUUCACUGGCAUAGCUUUUUCCUAUUCUACCGUUUUAUAAUCAUCAUUCUCUCAUAAAAGUGCACUGCAUUA